CUUGUUCACCAGAGCCCCUGAUGGUGGGGAUGGACUUGGAGCUCCCUGAGACCAGGUCGUGGCUACUGGGUGCGCCCGUCAGUGGUAGCAGUAUGCGCAAGGGGCUUCCCCAUGGGGAAGAGUCUGAUGUGAGGAGGUCAGAAGACCCCGCUGCACGGGAUGGAUGGAUGGAUGAGCAAGGUCAGACGGGCCGGGUCGGUAACAGAGAGGGCGGCAAGGUACAAGCAGCGGGCAUAGAAUGGUCGGGUCCACACGCCAGGUCAGCAACAGCAGGCAAAGCAAGGGUCAGAAUAGGAGAAACAGCAAGGUCAGGUACAAUCCGGGUCAAUAACUUACAGGGUACAGGUUCACAGGAUUUCAGGAUGCAG